CGUGUAGCAGCGAUCGGCGCACGGACCUCUCUUAUCGCUUUUCUUUCCUGAACGUCAACAGCGACGCCCGGACUCUCCUCCUGUUGACGACGACAUAUUCAUCAUGGACGUCGACGUUCCGUCACCAAAUUCGAAUACCGAACCUGUCCGUGACACCGAGCCGAAAGGAUCAGGUUUACCCGACAAUCAGAACCUAAUAUCCAGCCAUGGGGCAGGCGAUUCUUCCAUGAAAACGGCAGCCGCACCGGAGAACGAAAUCUCCAAGGAGAUCUCCGUGAAGGACGCUAGUGUCCAGCAGUCUCCGACGCCGGUCCCAGUGACGACAGAGGCCAGGUCGGACUCGGUAGCUCUACUGCUGCACCCCUCGACUCCCAUGGUUGUCGACGUCUCUCCCUCUUCUCCUCCAAUGAAUACGCCGGAACCCCGUCCGCUCAACGUGACAGAUGCCCUCAGCUACCUUGAUGCUGUCAAGGUACAGUUCCAGGACCAGCCUGACGUCUAUAAUCAAUUUUUGGACAUUAUGAAGGAAUUUAAGAGCCAGCUGAUCGACACACCAGGUGUCAUAGAACGUGUAUCACAUCUGUUCUUCGGUCACCCUCAGCUCAUUAUCGGAUUCAAUACGUUUUUGCCAGCGGGGUAUCGUAUCGAAUGCACCUCGGACGGUCCGACACACAACCGAAUCACCGUCAUCAAUAGCGACGGAACGAUUAUCCUUUAUCAGCAACCCCCCAUUCUACCUCCAGGACGAAAUCCCGAGGGUCGAACCCCCGAUCCCAAAGCUCUUGGCCUCGAACUCGACAAGCAGAUAAUGGGCCCCGCUUUUGAUUACGUGCAAAAGAUCAAGCAACGAUGUGACCCGGACACGUACCAGCAGUUCCUUGACAUUUUGUCACGCUAUCACAGGAAGCAUGAUAAUAUCGACGAGGUAUCCAAACAAAUAGCCAGACUGUUCAAAGACGAUCCCGAUUUGAGGGCCGACUUUCAUAUAUUCAUGCCAGAGUCAGCCAUGAUGGACGAAGGCAAGAAGAAGAUGGAUGGAGGACAGCUACUUCCGCAGAAGAGGAAGAGAAGGUUGGUAGAGAAAGAGACGAAACUGUCGUCAAGCAAUCCUCACAAGGUUAAAAAACUCAAAUCGUCUAUCUCACAAGACAUUCCCUCCGCAUUCAAAUCUGAACGACGCCAUGCUCCUCCUCCACCGCCGGAUGACACGCGCUUCUUCGACCGCGUAAAACAAUCACUCGAUAGCCGAGAAUCCUACAACGAAUUCCUCAAAGUUAUCAAUCUCUUCACUCAGGGCAUCAUUGAUAUGGGACGGUUGGUCAAAGAGAGUCGGAACUUCCUCGCGGGAGACGGUGAGUUGAUGCGGCAGUUCAAAGAUAUUCUUGGCUGGGACGAAAAGAAGGAGCGGGACUAUCAUAUCUUUGAGCAGCAUCAGCUCUUUGGAAUGACAAGACCCAUUGUCGCCGGUUUCCAAGAUCGGCCUACAAGGAUGGACAUGAGCACGAAGUACGGCAGCUAUCGCAAGCUGCAUCCUAGUGAAGCUCACGUCACUUGCUCUGGACGCGACGACAUGUGCCGUUCCGUGCUAAACGACGAAUGGGUUUCGCAUCCAACAUGGACGAGCGAAGACCCUCCUAUGGUAUCCACCAAAAAGAACGUCUUUGAAGAAGCCCUUCACCGCAGCGAGGAAGAACGCCACGAAUACGACUUCCACAUCGAGGCCAUCGUUCGCACAAUCGCCAUCCUCGAACCCAUCAGCAACAAAGUCGCACAGCUAAACCCAGAAGAACGAGCCACCUUCAAACUGAAGCCUAAUCUGAAUGGAUCGGCCAAGGCAAUCAAUCACCGGGUCAUCAAGAAGAUCUGGGGUCGGGAACCUGGAUUAGAGCUGAUCCAAGCGAUGCAGGAUUUCCCUUCACAGACUAUCCUUCCGGUCCUAAACCGGCUGAAGGCCAAGGAGGAGGAAUGGAAACGGGCACAGAGGGAAUGGAACAAAGUGUGGCGAGAGGUCGACGCGAGGAACUACAUCAGAAGUCUCGAUCACCAGAGCAUCACGUUUAGAUUGACGGACAAGAGGGCCACUUCGGCCAGGUCGUUCAUCAACCAGAUUGAGGCCGCACGGGAGGAGCAGAUGGCGAAACGCGCGUCGUUGAUUGAUCCCCUUUUCGGUAGAACACGGCCCUCCCAUCAGUUGGAAUUCAUGAUCGACGAUGUGUCCGUGAUGCAAGAUGGACUGAAGCUGACGUUCUCGUUUUUGGACCGCACUCUAGGGCAGAUCGCACUCACUGAACGUAAACGGAUAGAGCUACUCCUACGUUCGUUUGUUCCCCUUUUCUUCGUUUUGGAUCCAGUGGCGUUCAACAAUGCUUUCCAAGUCAUUCAAGAGAAUAUGUUUAGCGAUCCGAGUGAUGCUAGCGAUACGGAGGUGUCGAGUGUUGGGAGCUCGAAAGGGAAUGGGAAGGGGAGGAAGGGAGGCGUAGGAGCCGCCACGGGUGACUUGAGAAAGAAACUGCUCAAGAGCGAGCAGGCCAAGUCGACGAUCAGGAAAACUAGAGCGCAAGAAGCAUCGUCUCCUUCUCUGUCUCGCGUGCCAUCGCCUACGCCGGCAGAUGGUGGUCCAGCCGAGGGUCAGCAACGACGGGUCAAGAACACGUUCUUUACGAAUACUAACUUUUAUGUUUUGCUGCGAUUACUCGAGGUUAUGUAUACGCGGCUUUUGAAGUUCCGAAACAUCUCGAACCAACUCGCGAUGGAGGGACCACAAAGCAAAGCACCGCCCAUCACUGGACUUUCGGUUCAGGCUACUGCUUUCAUUGAGAGCAUGAGCGAUCCCAACCGCAACGCGAGCCACUUUUACGAGCUGAUGCUCGAAUCUUGCGAACGCUUGUUCGAUAACGAGUUGGAGCAACAAGCGUUUGAGGAACAGAUGCGGCUUAUGUUUGGAGUCAAGGAAGCCUACAAGAUCUUCACCGUUGACAAGCUGAUCGGAUCGAUCAUCAAACAGGUCGAAAUAAUCCUAGCCGACACCAAGAGUCAGGAGCUGUUAGAAACUCUGAAGCGGGACCGAAGUAUUCCUUCCCUAACAACACAAGACUACCUGAAUAGUCGACAUAAUGCUGAAAAGGUGCUUGGGCCGGAUGAGAAUCUAUUUCGUAUCGACUGGCUGCCGGAGUCGAAGAAGAUGACGGUCCAAUUGAUUGGAAAGGACGAUUCCAGCUUCGAUGAUUCGGAAGUAUUGACAGGACGGUGGCAGGCGUACAUAAAAACCUACACUCAGACCGGUCCAACAACUGACGUACCUCAAACGAAAGUCAGACGGCCGUUCCUGCGAAAAAAUCUGCCGGCGACCAUUCCGACUGAACCGAACAUCAAGACCAGCGACGGCUUGAAAAUCAAAGUGUGCGUCCGUACGUACCGUCUGUUCUUCGUAUCGGAUUCGGAGGAUUAUCUGUGGAAGAUACGGCAGCAGGAGGAUGUACAGAAGGCGACGGAGAACCUGCGAGCCAGGAAUGUUCUUCGAAAGAAGUGGUUAGAGAGCUCUUCCAAGCCAGGGCCGGUACCUUCAUGACGACGCUGUGUAUGUAUGCCCCUCGAUUUGUUUCGCAACUACUUGCUGUAUGUCAUUUUGGCCCUUCUCGAAAUCCAACUUAGACUGUCUUCUGCGGUACGACCCCCAUGGCGAACAUCUAAU